AUGGAGAUCCCCUCCGAUACCCCUGGCACUUACGCCCCUUACGACACUGUCCCUGGGGCUCCUGUUGCAGAUGCGAAUGGAAGACACCUUUCUUACUCGUCCUGUUCCGAUACGGGUGGUAGCAACAGCGCUACGGACGGGUACUCAUCGGCGACAAGUAGCAGCUAUGUCGAGUACGUGCCGGCAGGAUAUCAUCAAGGCCACGUCCAACAGCACGGGGGCAUGGCCCCGGUGCAACAGCCAUAUGUAACCCACCCUCAACAGCCAUUCCAUAGCUCUCCCCAAGUCCACCAGCCGGGGCCAGCACCCUACGAACACACUGGCGCCUACACCGCGGGAAUGCCACCACAGUUCCAACCCCCUCAACAAAUACCGCAGCAACACCAGCAUCCCCAUCAGCAAUCGCCCACAUCCAUGAAUACCCCGAUACCCCAGACACUGCCUCUAGAUGCGGCACCUGACCAUGGUCACAACAAUGGCGCAGCGGGUCCGGAGCAACAGCAGCAGCAACAGCAACAGCGGCAACAACAACAGCGACAGCAGCCGCAACAGCAGCAGCAGAAGCAGUAUCAGCGUAUUGCCCGAUUCGUCGGACCUCCUCCUGUGGCUAAUGCCUGCACUGAAUGCAGGGGCCGCCAUCUCAAAUGCGAUGCUGGAGUUCCGUCCUGUGGGCGGUGCGUCGCCGAUGGGCGUGAGUGCUCGUAUGUGAAAUCUCGUCGUGGGUGGAAAGGGUCGAGAAGACAAAAGAUGGCGGCAGAAAAGAUGAAGAAUCAGUCUGAUGAUGGGUCGGACACGAAUGGAAAGUCAAGUUCAGGUAAAGUCUCAUCCCCCCCAAAUGGUAAUUGUUUUUUCUCCUUAAGCUUUGGAUUGUGUGGGCUUGGCGUAUUGA